GGCAAAAAGCAUGAGUUGAGACCUUAAAGCUCUUUACGUUCCAAACGCCCAGGAUGACACUACUCCGAUUAGGAACCGAGUUACCAGAUUGUCUGCUCGAUUCAGCCGCUGUCUUACAUGAUACGAUUUCUGAAUUGUGAGAAAACGCCAAGCGCGUGUCGUCCAGGAAAUUAUGGAACCGGACAGCAGCAGUAGCUACUGCAGCAUAUUAACCGAUGGUCUGACUGGUGUCGAAAUAGGUGUCAUGGGUAUGAGCAUGAGUGCAGCAGCUGCUGCUAGUACUUUACACGGGUGCUGUAAUGUCUCAAAUACGCCGCAGUAAAGGUCCUGUCGCACUUGCUGCUGAUUCGCUGGAGACGGCCACUUAAUGGCGCAUCAACAUUCUAGAAUGUAUAUCUCAAGCAGACGACCAUUGAAAACGUAAUUCAAACUGGCACAUGAAUCAGGAUUCAGAUAUGGACGAUGCAAGCUCAGAUCCGUUACUUGACUGCAGAUUGCCCAUUAUUACGUGCAAUGACAUUUCUAGAGGACGAUCGGUAUCGCACCAACCGUUUCGAUGCGAAUUUUUUGCUUCAUACAACAAAUCGGCAUCGCUCAGGUUCAUUUGGAUCCAUGUCGCGAUCGGUUGCUAUACUCCAGCCGCCUUAUUGAAGGAGACAAGAAGAAAGUGAAGAGAAACGUGAAAACUGUUUGAUUUCUUCAAAAAAUUACGCGUCGAUACUGAACGAAUGAGUAAUAAGAAAACCCUUUUCAUAUUUUCGCUACCACUAGUACUCCAUACAAGUUUGAAGGUUCAUACGUCUCCUAGUAAGGUGUAUACGGUGCUCAAGAAGGCAGAUCAUUAGCACGAGUUUUGCUCAUUAAAGCCGGUUUUACUCUAUAACCAGCUUUUGGAUCAAAGACCUACUUUCAAGCCAUGUAAACUCUGAAAGUGAACUAAACGGAAAAAAUUAAACCUCAUCUGUGCAUUGGAUGGAAAAGCGCGGAUUCCGUCCGUCGUGGACAUUGAGUCAGUCGGUGAUGGACUCGAAAGAUGUGAUUUUGGAGCAAAGUAUUUUUUUUUGCGGGUGAGCAAGCUAGAGCAAUUUCAG